AUCACUACAAACCUCUAUCACCCGCCCAACGUCUUUUCAAUAGUACAGCAAAUACCAAAAACGCAUUUAUUAAUUAUUCUUCUUCGAAUCUCUCAAUGUCGUUCGAUUCUCCGGUGAACAGAGGAAUCCACUGCCCUUGAAAACUCUGAAAAUUUCUGAUCGAGGACAGUUAUGGACGAAUCUUAUCGAAACCUCACGGACUUUCUCCAGAGAACCUCUGUUACAGAGACAUUCGUCGACAUCUUGCUAUGCGCAGUUCCCAUAUGGCUGGCCGUCAUGAUCGGGCUUUUGAUUGGCUGGUCUUGGCGUCCAAGGUGGACUGGUUUUGUUUAUCUAGGUCUCCGUUCUAAGCUUCGGUUUCUCUGGACUGCUCCGCCGGGUUUCGGAGCUCGCCGUGUUUGGCUUGCUUUCACCGCUCUCUCCGCUUUCUCGGUCUGUCGCACUUUAUGGUCAAGGCUCCGUUCGAAAUCGGAAACCUCUGCAUCUGUAAAAGAGACUCCUCCGAGCUGUGAAACAGAAGCAAUCUCAAGAAUUAGUGAUAAAAGUACAGAGGAGAUUGUGAGAGAGAAGGAUCUAAAGCAUUUGCUGCAUCUGCUUGAAGCUGGAAAUGCUAAUAUGGAGUGGCAAUCUAUGAUGGACAAGUCUACUCCCAAUAUGAGCUACCAGGCCUGGCGCCAUGACCCUCAGUCAGGUCCUGUUGUUUAUCGAAGUCGGACUGUUUUUGAGGACGCAACUCCAGACAUUGUUAGGGAUUUCUUCUGGGACGAUGAGUUUCGGCCUAAAUGGGAUCCUAUGCUUGCUUACUUCAAGACUUUGGAAGAAGUUCCUCAGACAGGGACUACCAUUGUUCACUGGAUUAAAAAGUUUCCAUUUUUCUGUAGUGACCGGGAAUACAUCAUUGGCCGGAGAAUAUGGGAAUCUGAAAACAAGUAUUAUGCUGUGACUAAGGGAGUACGGUAUCCAGCUCUACCAAAGCGUGAUAAACCGAGGCGAGUAGACCUUUACUUCUCGAGCUGGAUUAUCAAAGCGGUUGAAUCUCGAAAAGGAGAUGGACAGUUAACGGCUUGUGAAGUGUCUCUUGUCCACUAUGAAGACAUGGGAAUCCCAAAAGACGUAGCAAAGUUGGGAGUCCGUCAUGGCAUGUGGGGAGCCGUCAAAAAGCUAAACUCUGGCUUAAGGGCAUACCAAACCGCUAGAAAAUCAGGGGUGCCUCUCUCACGGAGCGCUCAAAUUGCGAGAAUCACUACAAAACUGAACAUGGAUUUGGUGGAGACAUCGAGGGUAGAGGAAGAAGAGAGAGGGCAAGCCAUGGAUAACGCAAGGAGACGAAAGGAGCAGUUCAAUGUAGAUUGGAAACUGGUCGUUGUAGGAGGAUUUGCAUUGGCUUGUGGGCUUCACUCAAGUGCUAUUGGCAAGGCCUUAAUGCUUGGAGCUGGGCAGAGACUUGCUCGUAGGUGAAAUCAUUGUCGUUCUCUCUGCCUGAGAAAUUGACAUUGUGAUGUGUGUCCAUGGAGGAUUCUUU